CGCGCUCCCUGAUACGCUGCUGCUCCUGGACGGGGAGACACACUCCGCAUCCACGACUGCAGAACCAGCAGCUCCCCCUUCCACACAGACGCACACCGCCGAGCUCCGUCUACUCACAAUGACGGCGAAGAACCGACAUAAGAGCAGCUCCGAGAAGAGCGCAGCGCCCGUCAUCCAGGAUGAGGCGCCGAAGAAAAGCCAGAAGAGUCCCAGCAACGGAGCGACUGGCUCCCCGGGACCUCAGGGGCCACGGACGCGGGGCUGCCUCGGACUCGUCCUGACCACCGUGUUUUACGCAGCGUUGAUAGGAGCCGCGGGGUUUGCAGCUCUCCACCUCCAGCAGGUCGCGGAGGAGAUCCGACAGAACAGCGCCAGAUACGAGCAGAGCGAACAGAGGAGCGCGGAGCUGGGCAGCAAAAUGGAGAGCGUCGCUCAACAGGUGGAGUCUCUGGUGAGCACAGUGGACAGUCUGGAGUCAUCCCUGGGCAUCACACGGCUGGAGCUGGAGAGGGCCAUCAGCCGCAUGAAGACGGGUGAGGUGGAGACGAGGAGGGUGGAGGAGGCCCUCCAGAACCUCCAGAACGAUCUACUCAGGGACCUCUCGGAGGGCAUCAGCGAGGUGAAGGAGGCCCGCGAGAGGGACUUCUCCUCGCUGGAGAAGACGGUGGAGGAGCGUCUGUCCGAGGUGAGCCAGUCCAUCACGGUCAACAUGGCAGAGUUCACUGAGGCUCAGGGCGAGGCGCAGGGCCAGCUGGCUGACCUCAAAGCCCGCCUGGGGGACAUGGAAGACCCUACACUCAUCAAACAGGAGCUCGCCACCAUCGUCGAAGCUGUGGAUGAAAUCAGGACGGCCAAACAGAUGGCAGACUCUUCAGCCAACUCACUCAGGGAGCAGAUUGGCGCCGUGAGGGAAGAGCUCCAGACUCGCAACAAGGAGGUGGCCUCGCUGUCUCAGGAGGUGGAAACGGUGAGGUCGGUGGUGCAAGAGAAUGUUGGGAGCCUGAGGCAGUCGCUGUCGGCCUCAGAGGCUGAGGUUCAGACCCUGAAGGACAAAACGCUGAUGGUGGAGGGCGUGGCAGAGCAGGCCGCCGAGGCCACUCGUAGUAUGGAGAGAGAGGUGAACGCAGCAGCCGCUCAGGCCCAGAGAAGAUCAGAGGAGCUUGAGGCGAGAGUGAGAGCAUCAGAGGAGAGUGGAGACUCACUGUCAGCAUCAGUGUCAGAAAUUACCUCCAGAGUGGAAUCACUGCUCGCUAAGUUGGACAGUCACGAGAGCGCUGUGGCUGCACAGGGGCAGAAAGUCAAAGCUGGAUUGGAGCAGGAGCUGGAGACGCUGAAAAGCAGCCUGGGGGAGCUGCAGUCAAACAUGGCCGCUCUGGUCGGAGCCCAGACGCAGCUCUCUUCCAAAGGCUCCAGUCUGAAUGAGCAAGUGAAGGAGUUGGAGAAGAGGCUCGCUGACCUGGAGGGCAGCGGCAGCACGAAGCCGGAGCAGCUGGAGAACCUACAGAAGAUGGUGGCUGGAUUGGAGAACAAAGCCUCCAAGCUCGAAGGCCACGAUAAGGCCAUCGCUGCUCUGCAGAAAGCUCUGCAGGACACCACAAAGAAACUGGCUGGCGUCUCCAAGAAGAAGUAGUUCGGUGAGAGAUAUGACAUCAGGAAACUAGAACAGGGACAGCGAUGAAUCCAAACAGGCGACCACAACCCACUCCUCCGAACUCGAUGAAGAAUUAAAAACUUGAGCACACUUGAGGGUUGGGAGAGAGGGGCAGAGCUGGACUGCUGAUCUGUGAAUUCAAAUCCACACCCAUUCUGCACUGUACUUUUAUUUUCAAAUGUUUAAUUCCUUUUUUUCUUUAAAGUUUUCUGUGCCAAGGCUGUUGUUUUUUUAUACCUCCACAUGAAAAUGCAAUAAUAAGCUCCUCUUGAGCACCUCUUUGUUUACUCAUUACAUUUUAUUGUUGUUGUUGUUGUUGUAGGAAUAAAAAGCUCUCGUCCACCUAAAAA